CGGGGAAGGGGCUGGGGCCGGGCAUGAAAGUGACUCUGCACCAACGGCCCCUCCUCGCCCCAGCUCUGCUCCCGCAGGGGCCUGCGAGUCCCGGAGCUGCUGCCCUCCCUGACCCCCCCCCCCUCCCUCCCUAGGCUCUGCCCCCCUGAGCGCCUGCAGGAGCCGAGCCAGCGCCGGGCCCCAGUCUCCUAGCCCGAGGGAAGGGGAGAGGAGGCAGGAGGGAAACAGAAGCAAUGGGAGGUAGGAGGGAGGUCCCCUGACCAGCUCCGUUCCCUGCAGCACCCCGGGCAGAUUGACUUUCCUGGGACAAGGUGAGGAACAGGGAGAGGAAAAGCCAGUUCCUGCCUCUGCUGGUCCCCUCGCUGCUGGGGGGAUGCACUGGCCUGGGUACAGUGUCAAGGGGGAUCUUCCUAUAUUAAUUGGCAGAUACAGUGGGAAAGGGUGUUAGGAGACUGUGUCCUUUUCUCGUGGUAACAGCCUAGGAAAACCAGCUGAGGAAUAGAAUCAUUUAAUGUAAACAAAACAGGCUAACAGUUCUCCAGUGUUCCAGAUAAACUACGAACAUCAAAGGUCUGUUAUGAUGAUGGUGAUGUGUAUUACAGUAGCACCUGGAGGUGCUGAGAGCAGGGCCUCAUUCAGCUAUGUGCUGCACACAUGUCACCCUUCUCACCCUGACAAGCUGCAGAAUAACAUCCGUGUUUUGCUCUACAUCACUUCACUCUGGCAGGGGAAGGGAAAUGGCUGCAGUGGAGCUGGAACAGGGACUGGUGACCUUCACAGAGGUGGCUGUGUAUUUCUCCAAGGAAGAAUGGGCUCUUCUGGACCCUGAUCAGAAAGCCCUCUACAGGGACGUCAUGCAGGAGAAUUACGAGACACUGACCUCACUGGGAUUUGUUACUCCUAAACCUGACUUGGUCUCACAGCUAGAACGAGGAGAGAUGUCAUGGGUCCUGGAUCUCCAGGGCUCUGAGAAAAGGGACAUGCUGACAGGAACCUGCAUAGCAGGUGAUGGGACAGUGAAUAACAACAAGGAGGAGAAUUCUCAGCAGGAAGGUGCUGAGCAAGUUGAACCACAGGGGAUGGUAUCGGGAAGAUCAGAAGGGGAUGUUUCCCAGACUUCUGAGCUGGGAGAAGCCUGUCAGACACAGCUCAGGCCAGAGAGGCUGCAGAGAAACCUCUCUGGGGAGACAUGGGGAAAAUCCAGUCACCGUGGGAGAAGUCUCAAAGGCAUCCCACUCCGUCAGGCAGCCCACUUGGGAGAGGGGCCAAAGACACGUGGUGACUCAGGGGAAAGCUACAAUAGCAUCUCACACAUUAUUAGUCAGCAGAGAAUCUGCAGAGCAGGAAAAUCCAAGAAAUGCACUGACUGUGGAAAAAGUUUUGCUUAUAAAUCGGAACUUGAUAGACACAAUAGAAUCCACACCGGAGAUAAACCCUAUAAAUGCCUCAACUGUGGGAAAAGCUUCACUCUGAGCUCUACCCUGAUAAAACAUCAGAAAACUCACACGGGGGAGAGACCCUAUAAGUGUCCUAACUGUGGGAAAAGCUUCCGUCAGAGCUCACACCUUGCUAGACAUGAGGGAACCCACAGGGAAGAAAAGCCCUUUAAAUGCCCUGACUGUGCAAAGCGUUUCAGUUGCAGCGCAAAUCUUCUUACCCAUCAGAGAAUCCACACAGGAGAGAAACCCUAUAAGUGUCGACACUGUGGGAAAAGCUUCACGCACCACUCAUACCUUCUGGGCCAUCAGAGAAUCCACACAGGAGAGAAACCCUAUAAGUGUCGACACUGUGGGAAAAGCUUCACGCACCGCUCAAACCUUAGUACACAUCAGAGAAUCCACACAGGAGCGCAACCUUGCAAGCCUAAGGGCUGUGGGAAAAGCUUCAGUGUGAGUGCAGACAUGAUUGGCCAGUAAAAGCUGGAUGGGAGACUGGAUUGGGAUAGAAACCAUCUUCAACAAAGACUGUAUCUUGCUAGGUUAAGUUAUAGUCUUUUAGAUGCAUUUUCACUUUUAUUUGCUUGUAACUGUUUCCGACUUUAUCCCUUUUACUUGAUAUCACUUAAUCCAUGUUCUUUUGUUCAGAAGCUUGUUUGGCUUCAUUCUAAAUCAUCACUGCUGUGUAAGUUCAGUAAAGUGUGUGCUUCUAGAAAGGAGACAGGGUUCCUGAGGGUUCAGUGAGAGGGUCUGGUCCCUGCUGUAGGAUGGUUUUGGGGUGAAUUCAGGGCUGGAAGGGUACUGAGGUCAGUCUGCAAGGAGUAACUGGGUUGGGCAAAAGGAGGGUGAAGCUUAUGGGCUGCUGGCAGGCUGUUGAGGGGGUCAGAACUCUGGCCCAAAGCUACAGAGCCACAAGACAUCCGGAGGUACAAGGGAAACAGAGACUGAAUCCCUUACUGGCCUGGGUGAACUCCUGUCAGGGUUCCUUUCCCACUGUGAACUCAAGGGUACAGAUGUGGGGACCUGCAUGAAAGACCCCCUAAGCUUAUUCUUACCAGCUUAGGUUAAAAACUUCCCCAAGGUACAAACUUUGCCUUGUCCUUGAACAAUAUGCUGCCACCACCAAGCGUUUUAAACAAAGACCAGGGAAAGAGACCACUUGGAGACGUCUUCCCCCAAAAUAUCCCCCCAAGCCCUACACACCCCCUUUCCUGGGGAGGCUUGAGAAUAAUAUCCUAACCAAUUUGUUACAAAAUCAUUAAAGACCCAAACCCCUGGAUCUUGGAACAAUGGAAAAGUCAGUCAGGUUCUUAAAAGAAGGAUUUUAUUUAAAAAAAAAAAAAGAAAGGUAAAAUCAGGAUGGAAGAUACUUUACAGGGUAUUCAGAUUCAAAACACAGAGGAUUCCCCCUCUGGGCAAAACCUUAAAGUUACAGAAAACAGGAAUAAAACUCCCUCUUAACACAGGGAAAAUUCACAUAAAACAAAAGAUAAACUAAUCCGCCUUGCCUGGCUUACCUAUACUGGUUGCAAUAUUGGAGACUUGGAUUAGGAUGGGUUGGAGAAGAUGGAUUUCUGUCUAGCCUCUCUCAGUCCCAAGAGAGAACAACCACGUAAACAAAGAGCAGAAAACAAAAGCCUUCUCCCCUCCCAAGAUUUGAAAGUAUCUUGUCCCCUUAUUGGUCCUUUGGGUCAGGUGCCAGCCAGGUUAGCUGAGCUUCUUAACCCUACAGGAUCUUGCCUCUGGCCAGGAGGGAUUUUAUAGCACUGUAUACAGAAAGGUGGUUACCCUUCCCUUUAUAUUUAUGACAACUCCAAACCAGCACACUUGGCAGCCCACUAUCCUCAAAAACAUCUCCAUUCCCCCAUGAAUAAGAUCCUUUCUCUGCUCAUGAGUCUAAACACCCACUCUGGGAAAACCCAAAAAAGUACAUUUUGGGACUUGGUCAAUAAAUGUGGACUGUCUGUCUGGCACCACACCUACAAACACUAGCUGAGUCACAAAUCCUGGGGCAUCUCCAAGUGCUUCUUCAUUGACUCUGGUACAGUGGACAGCUUUAUCAAAACUGAAGCAACUUGGGCACUAUAGGUUUCAGAGUAGCAGCCAUGUUGCCCUGGUCUACACUAGGACUUUAGGUCGAAUUUAGCAGCGUUAAAUCGAUUUAAACCUGCACCCGUCCACACAAUGAAGCCCUUUAUUUCGACUUAAAGGGCUCUUAAAAUCGAUUUCCUUACUCCACCCCUGACAAGUGGAUUAGCGCUUAAAUCGACGUUGCCGGCUCGAAUUUGGGGUACUGUGGACACAAUUCGAUGGUAUUGGCCUCCGGGAGCUAUCCCAGAGUGCUCCAUUUUGACCGCUCUGGACAGCGCUCUCAACUCAGAUGCACUGGCCAGGUAGACAGGAAAAGAACCGCGAACUUUUGAAUCUCAUUUCCUGUUUGGCCAGCGUGGCAAGCUGCAGGUGACCAUGCAGAGCUCAUCAGCACAGGUGACCAUGAUGGAGUCCCAGAAUCGCAAAAGAGCUCCAGCAUGGACCGAAUGGGAGGUACGGGAUCUGAUCGCUGUUUGGGGAGAGGAAU